UUGUCAUCACCUUGGCGUCGGCGUCGGCGUCCGGUUAAGUUUUGUGUUUAGGUCCACUUUUCUCAGAAAGUAUCAAUGCUAUUGCAUUCAAACUUGGUACACUUACUUACUAUCAUGAGGGGACUGGGCAGGCAAAGUUAGAUAACUCUGGCGUGCAUUUUGACUGAAUUAUGUGCCCUUUUUAUACUUAGAAAAUUGAAAAUUUUGGUUAAGUUUUGUGUUAAGGUCCAUUUUAUUCCUUAAGUAUCAAAGCUAUUGCUUUCAUACUUGCAGCACUUACUAACUACCGUAAGGGGACUGUGCAGGCAAAGUUAUGUAACUCUGACUCGUGUUAUUUCUUAAAAGUUGACCCAGCAUUUGUUAAAAUAUUGCAAGACAUAUACAUUUCCAGAAAGGAAAUUCAUUUCUGCGUUGAAUAAGACCGAGAUCGUGAAAAUCGCUGCAAAAUUUAUGAAGAUAUGGCUGUUCAAAGCGAUGCACCCCGUUUUGGGCUGAUUUUGAGUUGCAUACCUUGUUAUAUAUAUAUUUGAUAGUGAAAUAUUUUUUUUUUCAGAAAAGUUAAUUUUUCGUUAUAAUGUGAUUAUUUAUCAUUCAAAAUGAUGUUUUCACUAAUUAAUAUCAUAGCCACACGCUAACCACCUGUGGUUGGAACUAAACUUCCAAGAUGACGUCGUUUUCGUUUCCAAGAAAAAACGUAAACAACUUGAGUCUAAAAAUAGUACACUUGAAAAAGUAUGGUGGGCCAGAAAUGAUAAUUUAAACAAGAACUAUCUUUAAAAAAGAUAUACGGCGUUGAUCGGAGUUUAUGAAAGGUAAAGAGUUCAAUGAAUGAGAUCAAUGAUCUAGCGAAUGUCUUUUUAUGUGCAGUUCUUAUGUGCAUCACACGCAGUACGAGAUGUUACGCGGAGUUUUCGCGGCCUAUUUUACAUUAUUACAUAUUGCUGGUCAUAAACAUAUAGAUACAAAACAGAAACCCAAAAGAAGAAUGGAUGUGAAAUUAAAACAUAUGAGUCAACCGGCCACACGCGAAGUAUCCGUACAUAUUUUAUGCCCCCUUCGAAGAAGAGGGUGUAUAUUUGUUUGCACAUGUCGGUCGGUCCGUCGGUCGGUCGGUCCGUCCACCAGAUGGUUUCCGGAUGAUAACUCAAGAACGCGAACACCUAGGAUUAUGAAACUUCAUAGGUACAUUGAUCAUGACUCGCAGAUGACCCCUAUAGAUUUUCAGGUCACAAAGUCAAAGGUCACGGUGACUCGACACAGAAAAAUGGUUUCCGAAUGAUAACUCAAGAACGCUUACGCCUAGGAUCAUGAAACUUCAUAGGUGCAUUGUUCACGACUCGCAGAUGACCCCUAUUGAUUUUCAGGUCACUAGGUCAAAGGUUAAGAUCACGGUGACUAGAACUAGUAAACUGGUUUCCGGAUAAUAACUCAAGAACGCUUUCGCCUAGGAUCAUGAAAUUUCAUAGGUUCAUUGAUCAUGAUUUGAAGAUGACCAUUAUAGAUUUUCAGGUCACACGGUCAAAGGUCAAGGUCACGGUGACUCGACACAGAAAAAUGUUUUCCGGAUGAUAACUCAAGAACGCUUACGCCUAGGAUCAUGAAACUUCAUAGGUACAUUGGUCAUGACUCGCAGAUGACCCCUAUUGAUUUUCAGGUCACUAGGUCAAAGGUCAAGGUCACGGUGACUCGAACUAGUAAAAUGGUUUCCGAUGAUACCUCAAGAAUGCUUACGCCAAGGAUCAUGAAACUUCAUAGGUACGUUAAUCAUGACUCGCAGAUGACCCCUAUUGAUUUUCAGGUCACUAGGUCAAAGGUCAAGGUCAUGGUGACUCGAACCAGUAAAAUGGUUUCCGGAUGAUAACUCAAGAACGCUUACGCCUUGGAUCAUGAAACUUCAUAGGUACAUUGAUCAUGACUCGCAGAUGACCCCUAUUGAUUUUCAGGUCACUAGGUCAAACGUCAAGCUCACGGUGACUCGAACCAGUAAAAUGGUUUCCGAAUGAUAACUCAAGAACGCUUAAGCCUAGGAUCAUGAAACUCCAUAGGUACAUUGAUCAUGACUCGCAGAUGACCCCUAUUGAUUUUCAGGUCACUAGGUUAAGGUCACAGUGACAAAAAAACGUAUUCACACAAUGGCUGCCACUACAACUGACAGCCCAUAUGGGGGGCAUGCAUGCAUUACAAACAGCCCUUGUAAAUAUUUAUACGCGCGUUCUUCGAACAAACCUGUUUUAGCGAUUUGUCGGGCAUUGCUAAUUGAUUCUAUUAUUAACAAUAUCGACAAUCAUCGCGCUCAUGCUUAAUACAAUAGUCAAUAUGGUGGAAUAGUUCUUGUUAAAUUAAUUAAAAAUAAUAUUUAUUUAUCAUGGUAUUGUUAAAAACACAUUAAGAAUCCAUUAUUGACAUACCAUAAUUAUAUCGCUGGAUAUCUUCAUUUAACAUCUUUCUGGUCUAAAGUAAAUUCCAGUUCACCUAGUUCAGUAAAGCGUCUUUAUGAUAUAACGAUUAUUUUACUGGCUGCAAACUCCGGUCAGCACAUAAGGUAGUCGUGAAGACGCAGCGAUGACCUGUAUAUAAACUCUGACAUUCACACACACUAACCGCGAACUGAUCCUGAUACCUCGCGGGUUGAAAUGCAAUGCACAAAGUGAGGCCUCGCUUCCACUGCUCUUUGUAUGCCCCCGGAUCGAAUGAUUGGGGGUAUAUUGUUUUUGGCCUGUCGUUCUUUCUGUCUGUCAUUGCGUCAUUCUGUCACUCUGUCUCAAAACUUUAACCGUACAGUAAAGUUUUUCAAUAACUUUUGAAAUAUAGCAAUUUGAUAUUUGUCAUGCAUGUGUAUCUCAUUUAGCCGAACAUUUUGAGUGGUGAAAGGUCAAGGUCAUCCUUCAAGGUCAAAGGUAAAAAAAGCGGCACUUUAGGGGGCAUUGUGUUUCUGACAAACACAUCUCUUGUUACUUUUACAUGUUAACAUGUUGACAGGAAUAUGGAAGUUAGUACUAAAUAUGAGAACGUAGCCUUUAAGUACAAACUUCUCGCGCUGGCAAUCCUCUGAAAAUAAAAGGUGCACGCACAAAUUGUAAUGAUGUCGAGAUUGAGUGUAAAACUGUUCUAUCUAUUAAGCCUUUUAGUUAGAGAUAAAAUUGUUUCAUGCUGAACACGCAGUAAGACAGUGUUACAAAGACGCGGACAUGUUUCCAAUGUUCUGGUCGUAUGCUCAAAUCAGCCUAUGGGAUAAAUGACGUGUAUUCAUUCUGACCUAGCCGCGGGAAAUUUUAUUUAAAUUUUAUUGGACAGUUACACAGUUUAGGUAAGGAUAAAAUCUGGCGUUUACAGCUACGGCGAAAAAAUAAUAUGAAAGAUACAGAUAUUUUGAACACAUUUGAAUAAAAUCCCUUUAUUUUAUAGCGUAUGUUAAUAAUAUAUAGAUACUUAUAUAUACAUGUGUUUGCUUUUUAAAGUGAUGUUUCACACUGUUUCAAAUAGUUUCUAUCAAAUUUAUAUUUGUCAUAUCUGGUCAACCAUACUUUUUCCUGCUAUUUUUAGAAUCAAGUAGUUUACAUUUUUUCUUACAAGAAAUGAUCAUUUUUCAGUGUUUCUAGGGUGCUAUAUUUAAUAAUACUCUAACAUUAUCUUCUACAAUAGUGUAGGUUCCAGUUGGUGUCAAUGGAUUAAUGAACAAAAUAAGAAAAUAAGGACUUACAACGCCCAAGAAAAAAGUGGUUUAAUUAUAAGGUUCUUAUAACCCAAUUGCUCUUUGAAACAUGGACUGGCUCAUCCCCAUCGGAGGUUCGAUAAUCGGCCUCGUCGGCGUUGGUUACGUGCUGACCCAGUCAGUUUUCCCGUGGCUGAUACCGGACAUCCGGUACUUGUCUAAGGUGCUGCCGACUUUACGGGUGUAUAACAAGUGGGGGAGGCAGGGACUCCAUUUUAUUGACAUCUUUGAGACCCGCGUGCGAGAGAUGCCGGAUAAGGUUCUUAUAAUGUUUGAGGACCGGACGCAUACAUAUCAGGAGAUGAACGCGGAAGCCAACCGCGUUGCCCGCGUGGCUCACGAUAUCAUGGGGUUGAAAGUUGGGGACACGGUAGCCUACCUGCAGGUCAACACGCCUGAAUACAUCUCCACUGUCUUCGGUCUGAUGAAGGUCGGGGUAUGCGGGUCCCUCAUCAAUACCAACCUUAGAGGCAAGUCGCUCCUUCAUUGCAUCACGGCAUCGCAGGCGGACAUCCUCAUAGUCGGAUCAGAUCCGGACCUGCUCGAAGCAGUUUCUGCCAUAUAUGACGAAAUAGCGAAUAUGAGCAUUUACAUACAAGGGUCAUCAUCCAACAAAAACACGAACUUCAAGCGCCUGGACGAGCUCACGAAGAAUGUUUCUGCAGACGACAUUCCACGGGAAUGGCGUGCAAAGAAAACGGUCCACGACCCGGCACUGUACAUCUUUACUUCCGGCACUACAGGUUUGCCCAAACCCGCCGUUUUGUCUGUCAAGAAAGCAUCCGCCUCCUACUUGCUGUCACAAUGUGCCGGAUUACGUGACAGUGACGUCAUGUACAUCACACUUCCGCUCUAUCACUCCAGUGCCACUAUCGUCGGCGUAUUCAACGUCGUCAUGACAGGUGCAACGGGUGCGCUUGGAAGGAAGUUCUCUAAAUCCAAUUUUUUUCCCGACUGCAGACGCUAUGGUGUUACGGUGAUUCUCUAUAUUGGAGAACUGUGUAGAUAUUUGCUCACUAAUGAAGAGAGUUCCGAUGACAAAAAUCAUUCCAUUCGACUUGCCAUUGGUAACGGACUCCGUCAGGAUAUAUUCGCCAAUUUCCGUACGCGGUUCGGAAUUCCAAACAUUGCCGAAUUCUACGCCGCUACUGAGGGGACCGCUGGCUUCAUGAACAUUCUCAACGUUGAUGGUGCGUGCGGACGUUCCUCGCCCCUCCUGGAGCGCGUAAUUCCAGCGGGAUUCUUCAAGUGGGAUGUGGGGAACGAGUGUGUCAAACGCGGCGCUGACGGCCUUUGUAUUCCUGCAGCCAUAGACGAACCCGGCCUGUGUCUCGGGCCUAUCGUCAAAGAAUUCAGGUUCGAUGGUUACCAUGGAAAGAAAGAACUCACUGAGAGCAAGUUGAUCAGCUUUGAAUGUCUAUUUGAAACAAAGGGAUGGGUUCCUUUUUACGGUAUAAAAGAACCUUAAUCGCGCAGUCAGGUCUAGAUCUACCCUGUCCGUUUUCAAUUCACGUAUGGUCUAGUGCGCUCAUGGGCGGACAGGAUAACUUGUGACCAGGCUGCGACGCUGGUUUGGAGCUUCGCUUGCCACAUGUGGUACUAAUAU